AUGGAUGUUCAUGAGAAAAAAAUCCUACGAAAGCGACCGGGUUGGUGUAAAAUAGUUAUAUCGACUCUGAUUCCAUGUAUCUUAGGUAUUUUUACAAUUAUUUUUACGCUACAACAACAAAAUCUCUCAAAACAACAACAAGCACAACAACAUUGGCAUCAACUCGAUUCUCAACGACAACAAUCAUUCACUACCUACAUCGACGAUAUAUCGGAACAUCUCACGCAACCAUCGGGUAUAGAUCCAGUGACCAACAAAACUUCUCUACUUUAUAUCCGAACAAAAACAUUAACUGUUCUACGAACUCUAGAUGUAGAACGUAAAAAAUAUGUUGUUCUAUUCUUGUAUGAAAGUGGUCUCAUUCGUGAUUCUCGUCUUGACUUGAGUGGUGCUGACCUGAAUAAUGUUCAAUUGAUUGGACCAUACAUAUUAAAUAAUCUUACUCUGGCAGGCGUAUUCUGGUCGAAUGCCACAUUUGUUGAUUGUCAUCUGAAAAAUGCAAUAUUCGAUCGAUCGGUAAUGAACAAUGCACAUUUCAUCCGAUCGACAUUGGAAUCGGCUUCACUGGCCGAGGCUGUCUUGAAUAAUACGGACUUUACAGAAACUACGGUGAUAUAUGUGAAUUUUACCGGAGCAUUACUAAUUGAAGCAAAUUUUCUCAAAGCAGAAGUAGUUCAAGGGAUAAAGUUUACGAAUAGUGAUUUGUUCGGAGCUCAUUUUACGAAGGAGCAAUUCAAUGGACAACGAACUACAAUCGUUCCAAAUACUUUUGAUCACGGACGUUUACCUAAUGGAACUUUCGGAAAGAUUGAUGCAAGAAAAAAUCUGAUUCAGAAUGGUGAUGCUGAAAAAAAUUGUUCAACAAAAAAUCCAGGGUCUUGGUCAAUAGUUUCUUUCAAUAGAACGUUGUACACUCUUGACGUACGAAAUAUUUCAGUUAUGAACAUGACGUUCGGAGGCUUUGAUAGAGGCAACUGUUCAUUCUCAGUGCAGGCUAAAACUAGAGUUUCUCAAAUCAUUGAUCUGCGCCUUUAUUCAGUUCUUAUUGACGCCGGUCAAGCAGUCUUUAGUGCAUCAGCGCUAAUAGGUUGUGAUGUACCUGGUAAUGUUGCUUAUCUAUCUGUGAGUAUGCAGCGUUCCGAUGCUUUGAUACAAGGACAACGAUUGUUUUUGAAUCUUCACAUCCGCAUUGAUAUGGCAACAACGAUUACUGAAGAAGAACAAGACGAACUCUUCAAGGACGUUCUUACUUGUGUAAUAUGUUCAGACUAUUAUAGUGAUCCUCGCCUGUUGCCUUGUUCGCAUACAUUUUGUUUCAAAUGUAUUAAACAAGCCACUGAGAGUAAUAAUGGUGCAUUCCCAUGUCCUUUUCGUGAUGGUACAACUAUUCAAAAAACUGAUAUUACUACAUUACCAAAUAAUCGGGCUGUUCGCGAUAUAGUCGAAAAAACUAUUAUCCAAUGCAAUGAAUGUGAAAAACAGGCUGCUAAAGUUUGGUGUAGAGAUUGUCAUAAUAAUGGCUUUUGUCAAGAAUGCUAUCAGGUCCUUCAUCAAAAACGUACAUUAAAAGAUCACCAACCGAGUGACUCCAAACCUCCUAAAAUUUAUCACUGCUCGGAUCAUCCAGGGCGAGAAUUAGAAUAUUGGUGCCCAGCGAAUGACAAGAUUUACUGUUCAAACUGUUUAGCCGACAAGAAAGAUACUCACAAAUGUGAAUUGAUUACUGAUGGUAUCAAAAAGAUAGCCAAUAGAGUGACACAAGCGUACAAUAUGCACCCAUUUUCAAUUGACCCGAAAAUUGAAAUAGAAAAGAUGUUUACAGAAUAUAAAAAAGUCACAAACUCGAAACGGGCAAACGUUGCCGAAGUAUUUGCAUCUGUCCGUAAAAUGAUUGAUGAUUGUGAAAAAUCAACGAAUGAAAAAUUAUCCACAGUGGACGACAAAAAUAAAAAACAGAUUAUAGAAUAUGAAAUGAUAAUUUUAAGCAAAUGGCGCAGGUACCGAGAGCAGUGGGUGCUAUUCAAGCAGACUAUGGAUACAGGGGACUACGUAAAGGUUUUGCAAGAGUACAAAAACCAUGAAGAGAACUUGACUCAGAUGAAACAAGAAUGGUCGAUGUUGAAGAGUCCUACGAUAAUUGAAUACAAGAUUGAAGGACUUGAUGAACUUCGAACUUCAUUGAAACAAGUAAUGGCACAAGUCAUUGUGAUAGAACAGCCACCAUACGAUAAUACAAAACUGGAAUCAUGCAUUGCUCAACAAGAAAACAAUUCAGAUUUGAACUUGAAUAAUCGAAAAUUGAAUGAUGCCGAUAUAAUGAUUGUUGCUCAAGCACUUCGCAUUAGUCAGACAAUCACUACAGUACAUCUUGGCAACAAUCUAAUCACGGCUGCUGGAGCAAAACAUAUCGCAAAUGCACUGCGCUAUAAUACGAAUUUGACCACACUCGAUCUCUGGAACAAUCAAAUUGGAGCUGAUGGUGCACAGCAUUUUGCUGAGAUCUUACGUAGUAACAGGACACUGACCUCGUUAGGUUUGAAUACAAAUGAUAUCAAAGAUCAAGGGGCACAAGCUCUUGCUGAUGCUCUACGAAAUAAUAAGGCAUUGACUGAAUUAUAUAUGGCUGAUAAUCGCAUCGGGGACCCAGGAGCACAAGCUCUUCGGGAUGCCUUACGAAAUAACACAACAAUUGUAAAAUUGCAACUUUUCCAGAGUAAUCAAAUUUCGGCCACACUUCGAAAGAAGUUAGAGACAGAAGAACAAAGACUGCACUGA